AAACUAUGUCGACAUUUUGCUCUCAUUCGAUCGCACUUUUCAGAGGCGUAAGCGUUACAAAUUGUGUGCUGGAUGGGAGAGAGUGCCGUCGUCAUCGGGCUCCAGGAAAAUUGAUUCUAGACGAACCUACGAUAUUUAGGGAUUUGUAGUCUUUGUUGAUUUCGAUAAAGCCUCGUUUCACGAUCUCACAAAAAACCCCAUGUCAGUUCUUGAGGAACUGUUCCCUGUUCUAUAUAUAGAAGAAAUUAAAGGGAGGGUUGGGAAUUUAUCAGGCUUGCUUUUCAGGAAUUUUUCUGAAUCCAUGUCGACGGUUAGUUGCAGCGACUCACCGGAACUAGAAUCAUGCCGGGAUGAGAAGGCUGCUCUAAUCCUCAAAUUUGUGGCUAUUGCCUCCAUCCUUAUAGCCGGAAUUAUCGGAGUUGCCAUCCCAUUGAUCGGCAAGAAACGGCGGUUCCUCAGAACGGACACCAAUCUCUUUUUCGCCGCCAAGGCCUUUGCCGCCGGCGUCAUUCUUGCCACCGGAUUUGUGCACAUGCUACCGGAUGCCACAUCGGCAUUGACUAAUCCAUGUCUUCCUAAAAACCCUUGGUCAAAAUUUCCCUUUUCGGGAUUUAUUGCAAUGAUGGCGGCUUUGGGGACGUUGGUUGCGGAUUUCCUUAGCACUCAAUACUAUGAAAGAAAACAAGAGAAGCAGAUCCAAGCUGUUAGAGUGGAAUCGGUUGACUUGGCAUCGGAGGCGGGGAUAGUUCAGGUGGCCGGAAAAGAGAGCAACGUUAAGGUGUUUGGAGAAGAGGAAGGAGGCGGGAUUCACAUUGUGGGAAUGCAUGCUCAUGUUGCACAUCAUAGACAUAGCCAUGGAAGUGGGCAGGAGGGUUGUGAUGGGCAAGUGGGUGAGUAUUCUGAUGAGAACCCACAUAUGCAUUCUCACUCCCACGGGUUCAACGACGACGAUGAUGAGAGUGGUAUACGACAUAUUGUCGUUUCGCAGGUUUUGGAACUUGGGAUCAUAUCACAUUCAAUCAUAAUCGGGCUUUCACUAGGAGUUUCACAAAGCCCAUGUACAAUAAGACCUUUGCUAGGAGCGUUAUCCUUCCAUCAAUUCUUUGAAGGGUUUGCACUCGGUGGGUGCAUCUCACAAGCGAAGUUUGGGAGCGUUCACUCGAUGGUAAUGGCGUGCUUUUUUGCAAUAACGGCUCCUGUGGGUGUGGGUAUAGGGACGGGUGUAUCCAAGUUUUACAAUGCUAAUAGCCCGAGAGCUCUGAUGAUCGAAGGAAUCUUGGAUUCGAUAUCGGCGGGUAUAUUAGUUUAUAUGGCUUUGGUAGACUUGAUUGCUGCUGAUUUCUUGAGUAAGAGGAUGAGAUGCAAUGUUAGGCUUCAAGUGGUGUCUUAUAUUGCACUUUUCCUUGGGGCUGGAUUAAUGGCAGCUCUUGCAGCUUGGGCCUAAGGCUUUCCCACUUGUAGUUUUAUCAAUCUUUUUUUUUUUAAUUCAGAAAUCAGAAAGAGGCAUCAUAUAUUCACAUACGACAAAUCAAUUAAUAUUCAUUUGUUUUUCA